CACACACACACCACUCUCUCAGAAACCAAAAGCAUUCUUCGUCUUCAGUUUCAACUUCUGACAGUGUGAAUGGCCACCCUCCACCAAAUCCUCCCAGAACUCCAAUCAACGCCCUUUGCCAUCCCUAUUGCUCUUGCCGCUCUGUCUUGGCUCUUCUUGUAUUACAUCAGAGUUUCAUACUUUACCAACAACAACAAGAGUGUUCAUGCCAAGCUGCCUCCCGUACCAGUGGUUCCUGGGCUGCCGGUGAUCGGAAAUCUGCUGCAACUCAAGGAGAAGAAACCAUACAAGACUUUCACGAGGUGGGCUGAGCAGUAUGGCCCCAUCUAUUCCAUCAGGACCGGUGCUUCCACCAUGGUCGUUCUUAAUACCUCCGAAGUUGCCAAAGAGGCCAUGGUGACCAGAUAUUCAUCCAUCUCAACCAGAAAGCUAUCAAAUGCACUGAAGAUUCUUACUGCUGAUAAAUGUAUGGUUGCAAUAAGUGACUACAACGAUUUUCACAAGAUGAUAAAGCGAUACAUACUUGCAAAUGUUCUUGGACCCAGAGCUCAGAAGCGACACCGGAGCAACAGAGAUACUUUGAGAGCAAAUGUCUUGAGCAAGCUACAUUCUCAUGUAAAGAAGUCUCCUCAAGAAGCUGUGAAUUUCAGAAAAGUUUUUGAGUCGGAACUCUUUGGAAUUGCUGUGAAGCAGGCCUUUGGAAAGGACAUAGAAAAACCCAUUUAUGUGGAGGAAUUUGGCACAACACUUUCAAAGGAUGAGAUCUUCAAGAUUCUAGUGCUUGAUAUAAUGGAGGGUGCAAUUGAGGUUGAUUGGAGAGAUUUUUUCCCUUACCUGAGAUGGAUUCCUAAUAAGACCAUGGAGACAAAAAUUCAGCAACUGUAUUCCCGCAGGAAAGCAGUGAUGACUGCUCUGAUCAACGAGCAGAAGAAGCGAAUUGCUUCAGGAGAGGAAAUCAAUUGUUAUAUCGACUUCUUGCUUUCUGAAGGGAAAACACUGACAAUGGACCAAAUAACAAUGUUGCUUUGGGAGACUAUAAUUGAAACAGCAGAUACUACAAUGGUUACAACAGAAUGGGCUAUGUAUGAAAUUGCUAAAAAUCCUAAGCAACAGGAUCGUCUCUAUCAAGAGAUGCAAAAGGUAUGUGGAUCGGAGAUGGUGACAGAGGAACACUUGUCCAGACUGCCAUACCUGAAUGCAGUUUUCCAUGAAACUCUAAGGAAGCACAGUCCAGCUGCAUUAGUUCCUUUAAGAUAUGCACAUGAAGACACCCAACUAGGAGGUUACUACCUUCCAGCUGGAACUGAGAUUGCAAUAAACAUAUACGGGUGUAACAUGGACAAACAUCAAUGGGAAAGCCCCGAGGAAUGGAAGCCAGAGAGAUUUCUAGACCCGAAAUAUGAUCCAAUGGAUUUGUACAAAACCAUGUCUUUUGGGGCAGGAAAAAGGGCAUGUGCCGGUUCCCUCCAGGCAAUGUUAAUAGCGUGCCCGACGAUUGGUAGGCUGGUGCAGGAGUUUGAGUGGAAGCUUAGAGCUGGAGAAGAAGAAAAUGUAGAUACUGUCGGGCUCACCACUCACAAACGCGAUCCAAUGCACGCAAUCCUGAAGCCGAGGAGUUAGUUAUUGGUGUAGGAAAUUAUGAUUCUGUAAUCUGUACUCAUCGUCAUCCCCAUAAACUGCCUGUGGCCGAAUCUUUACCCAAGUUGGUGGACUUUGUGUUUUAAGUUGGUUAUGGGUUCCGCAACCUAUCUUGACAAACUUUAUUGUCAUGACUCAUGACAAACUUUGUUAUCACGGUUGAAGAACAGACAUCUCUAUUUUCAGU